AACACAGCAUCAAUCAGUUAUGCUUACCAGUGUAUUCUGUCCAGUUCAGGAUUUAACGACUAAAGAAGGAUGUGGAAAACUCGGAAGGAGUUCAGAGGAGUAGAAGCAGAGAUGAUUAAGGGAUUAGAAAUUAAAUUUUGUGAAGAUCAAUGGGAUUAUUCAUCCUAGAGAAGAAAUGAUUGAAGUGUGCAGCUGUUCUCAAUCUCUACUGGGGACAGAAUAAGAGGAAAUGGAUUUAAACUGCAGAACUAAACAUUUAGGUUACAUAUCUCCAACCAGGGACAUGGACUCAGAAGAGAGGGAAAUUGUAGUUUGGGUUUGUCAAGAAGAAAAGAUUGUCUGUGGGCUAACCAAGCGAACUACUUCUGCAGAAGUGAUCCAGGCUCUGCUUGAGGAGCAUGAAACUGCAUUUGGAGAGAAACGACUUUUAUUUGGACAGCCUAAUGAAUACUGUAUCAUUGAAAAGUGGAGGGGUUCAGAAAGGGUUCUUCCUCCACUAACUAAAAUAUUGAGACUUUGGAAGGCUUGGGGAGAAGAGCAGCCCAAUAUGCACUUUGUUUUGGUCAAAGCAGAUGCAUUUAUCCCCGUUCCAUUAUGGCGAUCAGCUGAAGUUAAAUUAGUGGAAAGCACAGAAAGACAGUGGGAACUCAGCCCAGCUAAUUACAUGAAGACUCUGCCUUUGGAGAAGCAAAAGAGAAUUGUCCGAAAGACUUUCAGGAAGCUGGCUAAAAUUAAGCAAGGCACUGUCUCCCAAGACCGAGAUACCAUGGAAACAUUAGUUCAUCUGAUCAUUUCUCAGGACCAUACGAUCCAUCAACAAGUGAAGAGGAUGAAAGAACUAGACUUAGAAAUAGAAAAAUGUGAAGCUAAAUUCCAUUCGGAUCAGGGAAAAAAUGACGGAGAAAACUGUGGUCAGGAUUCUGGUUUCAUGGGUUGUCUCAGUGAGGCUGAUGAGAAGAUAGACUUCCGACAAGAUCAAAAUCAGGAGCUUGAGUGUUUAAGUGAUAAUGAUGGAAUUUUACAUAUGGAAGAACGACUGAAAUAUUACCGACUACUUAUUGAAAAGCUCUCUGCUGAAAUAGAAAAUGAAGUCAAAAGUGUUUGUGUAGACAUAAAUGAAGAUGCAGAGGGUGUAUCCAAGGCUGAACCUGAAGAUUCAAAUUUAGAAAGUGUCAAGUAUGAUUUGGAAAAGAGUAUGAAAACUGGAUUAAAAAUCCAUUCUCAUCUGAGUGGCAUUCAGAAAGAGAUUAAAUAUAAUGACUCGCUGCUUCAAAAGAAAGCAAAGGAAUAUGAACUCCUUGCAGAGGAAUUUAAUUCACUUCAUUUAACAAACAAAGAUGGCUGUCUGCCUAAUGAAGAUAGAAGAAAAUUUGCUGAGGGCACUAAAAGCAGCACCAUAGCAUUUCAUUCUUCUCAGAGGGCUUUUAAUUCAUAUAUCAACGACACAGACUCUGACACUGGUAUCAGCUCCACGCAUAGUCAAGACUCUGAAACUACUUUAGGGGAUGUGGUGCUGUUAUCUACAUAGUUUAAAUAGUUAAAUUGAUAAGUGGCUUAUAAUCCUUUCUAUGACUCUGUUUCAUGAUAGGGGAAAAACUUACCAAAAUCACAUUCUGAUAUCUGAACGCAUCCGUAAGAAGAAUUAAGUUAUUUGUUUGACCUAGUAACAGAUAAAAAGGAAAAAAAAAAUAGUUUGUCAAGUUUACUUAAUCGCAAAAAUAACACCUAAUUGAAUACCCAUUACUUCUUGAAAAGUGUGUAUUAUGUACAAUAGACACGCUUGGUUGGAAUAAUUCAUGUGUAGAUGGAGAAAUGAUAAUCAAUUUGAUUUUAGUGAAGUUUGUGUUUUAAGUGACACUUUCAAAAAGUAAGAUGUUCAUCUUUGAUAGUUGGAAAAUUUAAAUCAACAUUUGAAUAUGACAUGGGAAAACGCUCAAGUGACAAAAGACAUUUGGAAUUGUAAAGUCUGAAUAGCAUGUAGACACUAAGAGGUUAUCAUAUUUGCUAAUGGCCUCUAUUGGAAUAUUUGUUCUGUUAAUAAUUGAACCUUGGAUAUUUGCAUGGGACUUGAGUCUUUAGAUCUGAAGUAAAAGCAUAUAUUGGAACGGGUGAGAAUCAGUGGUGUUAGGGCAGGCAUGAAGACUAACAGUGCAUAUAUUUAGGAAUGUUUGAGGACAGGGCAGUGGAAGAGCUGCCGGCUACAUCAAUGAUUCCAAAGAGUUGUGUACUCAAGGCAGAGAGGGGAAAAAAAAUCAAGGCUUUCUUAUUCAACUUGCCUUAGCCCUGGCCUGCAGAGUUAUUUCCCCUUAAUCAAAUGCAGAUCCACACCAAAUUAUAGGAGAGGAAUACAGGGAGUGGGAGUCUUUCCCUAAUCUCUUGUCUAAUCUCUGUAGCCCAUUAGAAAGUGGACCAGAAUUUAUGGCACAAGUGGUUUCAGGAAAGUUGGCUUAGACUUGUGAUAUUUCAGUAAUUUAAAUCUACAUGUAUUUUUUUUCUGUCUCAUAGAUAUCAUGAGUUAAAACAAUUAAGUUCACAAUCUGUUUAGUCAAUAAAAUAUUUCAGGAGUUAGAAUCACUGUUAUUAACUGUCCCUUGAUAUUAUCAUUCAUUGCAUUUACUAGAAUGAUGUCUUUAAUGCAGGAAUUGGUCUAAAAAAACAAAAGCUUAAUAGAUUUACUGUUCCAUCCACAUCUCCCUUUUUAAAAUCUUGGAUAAUUCGUCACCUCUAUUUCUUCCAUCCAUCUACCCUCUACCCUCAGGGAAAACUCUUUUUGUUAGGAUUUCUUCCCAUUUGGAGAGUGCCUGAAAUUUUCUGAGGUCACUUCAAAACACCUGAAGCAUUACAAGAUCAAGAAUAUGGCAUUGUCAAGUUUUGUUGAACCUAUUACUGGAAGGAUGUAGGAAGUUAUUUUAAGCAAAGCAGAAAUAGAUAAGAAUUACUUACAACUGUCAUUUGGAAUGGUGAAAGCAUUGCUUUCUCUUUCAAACUGAUAAAUAUACCACUAAAACAUUUCUUUAGGGAGCAAUUAAAUAUUCAAUUGUUUAAAUUAUUAAAUAUCCUUGACAUUCAGUAGGGGAAACAAAUCUAUGACAAAAAAUUUGUACACUAAUCUGCUACUGUUCACUUUGUAGCACUUUGUAGCAUCUUCUGUAUGUACAGUUUUACAUCCUGAAACCAUAAAUGUGACAAUACACCUAUUCUUUACUAUAUGGAGCACCUUAAUUUGUAGAUCAUUUUAUAAUUGCAUUAUACAGACUAGAAAACCAUCUUUGAGCAUAUUAUAGUUAAAUGGCUAUGGUAAGCACCUAGUGUAGAAAAAAAUAAAUGAUUUGAGAUGAUUAUGAAAGGUCAUCCUUUUGCUAUAACACUGUACUAUUGCUUUUACCUAGGAAGAAUUGUGCUUAUGUUUAAUAUUCAUAGAGCUAUAGGCAAAAAAUAUAGUUUAUACUUUAUAGUGGAUCGUUUUAUCUACUCUGUAGUAGUAUGGCAGAUUGAAUUUCAUUUUGUAAAACUGAUAAACUAUAUUAGAGUAAGAAAAAAUAGGAAAGCAUGGCUAAAUUUUCUAUUUCAGAAGCUUAUAUUUUUCUCUAAAUUAUAGUAUGGUAGAAUUAUGACUAUGACACAUAUCUUGUAUACUAGAUAAAACUCUAGUUGAAAUAACCAUGUGAGAUGGAGCAUUGUAACGACUGACCAAAUCAUUUAUAUCAAUUUAAAUUAUUUUGUUUACCUGAGAAUUGAGGCGGGAGAGAGAGAGAGACUGAGGAGUUAAAAUCUUCAAGUAUCUGAGAUAUUCCUCUUUCAAAUCCCAGAAUUGCUUUCAGGUCUUACCUGAGCAUGAAUCUGCUGUCUCCAGCUUGAAUGGUCAAGCUAGUCAAUUCUCAAGCAUUGAUGGUAUGUGUAAAGUAAUCGAUGAUUGGUGCAAAAGCUGAUGUUUCCAGUACCUGAACAUAUGCUUUUUCCUAGAAUUUUUCCCGAAGCAGAUCAGCAAAAUUCCAGGACUCCCCUGGUUAAACUGGGAUUUGUAUAGCUAACAGAUAUAAACAAUACACUUUAUUCUUUAACUUUAUGGGAUAUAUGGUUUAGAUUGCAAAACUGGAGUCAGGGAAACUUUUCAUUAUAUUGAUAUUUCCUAAAAAUGUAAAAAGCUCUUUUUUUUUCUGUUUACAAACCUAGUAUAUUUUUACAUUCAAGUAUGCAUCCUAUCCCUGAAUUUGAAUUAAGACCUUUAAUUUUUACAAUUAUUUAAAUAUCUUGCAUUCUAAACAUGUGGCUGAAUUUCAUGUGACUUAGGGGUGUAACUGAAUUCAUUCACAUUUCAAGUGCUUUUUCCUCCAAUUUCUAAAGACACAUUUCUUGUUGAUAGACCAUACCCUUCUCCUGUCUUGUUGACCCAGAAAAUUUAGUAUCAGAUGAAAAUUGUUUUGAUUUACUGAAACUGUAGAAGAUAUAGAACAUUAAAGGAAUAAUUCAUUUUUUA